AUGGCGUAUAAUCCCUAUGGAGGAAACCCGUAUGGGCCCCCUCCGACCUAUGGCGGCUUCCCGGGCUCAAACGCCGCUCCUGGCAUGGCUCCCCCACCUGGUCUAGGCCCUCCGCCAGGCAUGUCUUCCGCUCCGGGAAUGGCACCACCUCCCGGUGUCCAGCAGUCCAACAACGCACAUGCUAACCGACAAAGCGGCCUGCCGCCUAACUUCCAAGCUCCUGCAAACCUCCCCAACAUCAACUUCAGUGCCCCCGUCAUCCGACUCGGAACCAUAGGCGCUAAGCCAGGUGGACCCGAUGCGGGGAGGAAAGAAAAUAAUACCCCGACGGGUGGUAGGCCAGGCUUGGGCAUGGACCGCGGAUACGACCAGUCGCGGGCUGCCGCCAGAGAGCACAUGCAGUCAUUGGUGCCGCCUACGAACGAAGAAAAGCUGCGCACAUUGUUCAUCCAUAAGAUCCCCGAGGGGGUCAGAGGCGACGAGGGGAUCGAGAGAAUUCUCAAUGCCGUAGGCAAGCUCCGGAGAUGGGACACUGCAGCCUCGGUCCUCUCUGAUGGCAAGGGUGCCAAGUUUGGUUUCGCUCAAUACGAGGAUGCCGACUCUUUCGCGACCGCUUCCGAACUACUUCCAAACCUCGAGGUUCCCCUCAAGCGACAGGGUCCGACGGAGGCUCCUCCAGCCGGCGACUCAUUCGAUGGCGUGGACAUGGUCAAGCUUCAGGUUACGGUCGACCCGAAUUCUCUCAAAUACCUCGAUUCGUACAAGGAGAGCAGAGGCGACGAUGGCGCUGCCGAGUCAAGAAUAAAGGCUGCCAAGGAAGCAUUGAGAAACGUUGUGCGCGACCUUGCGUUCCCACAGUCUGCCGCGACUACUGACGGAGAAGGCGAUGUGUCCAUGGGUAAUUCUGGAGACAACGUUGAGGUGGUCAAUAUCCCUCUGGCUCAAGACGAUGAGCUCGCCGACAUCCCUGCCGAGAUGAGGGAGGUUGUUGCCGCUGAGAUCGCGGCUUUCAGAGACCGCAGCAACAAACGAGACAUGGAACGGUUGAAGCGUGAAGAGGAGAUGGAGGAGAUGGAGCGGAAGCGCAAUGGCCCGUCUCGGCCCUCACGACACGAUUCCCCGCCGCCGUCCAACUCCAACAACAUUCCUGUCGGCCCCCGUGGCAUGCACAAUGCGCCAUCCGGGCCCAGAGGGCAAAACGGCAACCGCACCACGUCUUUUGUAAAUGGAGGCAUCUCCAACGCUGAUCUUUCAAUCAACCGUGAAGAUGAGGAGACAGACGCCGAUGAUGAAGAGCUCUACCAACGGGAGCUUUCGAAGCAAAAGUCCGAGGAGGACAAGAUGUAUCUCGAGGCGGAGCGAAAAUGGGUCAACAGGGAGCGUUCUCGGGCGGCGGCCUUGGAACGUGAGAAAGAGCGUGAGCUUCAGGAAGAAGAAAGCCUAGAGAGACGGGUUCAGGAGCAGUUGGAGAGAGAGAGAGCCUGGGACGACGAACGAGAAGCAUCGAGGAAGAGCCACUUGUACUACCGCGACCACCCGGCCUGGGUUAAGAAGCGACAAAUCGAACGGGCCGACGAACAGGCCAGAGACGAAGCCGACCGAAGAGCCGAGGAAGACGAACGACGCCGAGAGGCUGCGGACAUGGAGAGGGCGCGCGGCAUGGCCGACUCCUUUCUGGACCAGCAGGCACAGGAAAUGGAGCAACGGCAACAGGCGGCGACCUCCGCACCGGCACCGUUCAAGCUGUCACUUGGAGCUGCUGCUCAACGUGCUCAAGCGCAGCGUGUGGCACCUCAACGACGAACUGUCGCCGAGGUGGAGGGUCUCCUAGAUGACGAGGAGCAGGACAGCACAACUAGGAGGCAGCUCAUUCCCAUCCAGUUUGAGCCUACGACUGCUGCAGACAAGAUGACCGAGGAGGAGAUCAGCAAGGCUGUCCGUGCCCUUGCGCAAGAGAUCCCCUCCGAAAAGGAUGGUCUGUGGAACUGGAGCGUGCAAUGGGACUACCUGGACGAAACCAUUAUACGCGACAAGCUCCGGCCAUUUGUGGAAAAGAAGAUUGUUGAGUACCUCGGAGUACAAGAAGAAAUGUUGGUCGAGGUGGUCGAAGAGCACCUUCGGAAGCACGGCAAGCCGUCGGAGCUGGUCGAAGAACUUGCUGCGGCCCUGGACGAUGAGGCGGAGGAUAUGGUUAAGAAGCUGUGGCGCAUGGUCAUCUUCUUUACUGAGAGUGAGAAGAGAGGGUAUCCGGCGUAG